UCAGUGCCAGUGGUAGACCUUGAGAAUACACGAAAGCAUCGUGCCAAUAAAAGAGAUGCGGUUGGAACGUCGGUCAAUGACGUCUCGACCAUGAUCUCAUGGUGUUUUAUAAUUCUAUUUUCAUUACAUUUCAUUCGAAAUUUUACACAAAUUCACUUAAAAAAACGUGAAUCUUUCAAGUGUCAAAAAUUUUAUCCUACUUGUGUGACUUGUGUAAUUAUUCUUGUUUCACAUGUGGUACCAACUUAUCAGUGGCCUUCAUUUAAAUUUUGGUCCACAUCCCAAUUGGAGAACUCAAAUGUUUUAGAAUCAAAUGAUUCUAGUGCACGACUUGCUAGGGUUUUGAAUUUUUUUCCCAUUCCGGUGGAGGAAGAGUGUCUCUCGGAAGAUAAACGACUUCGGGGAAUAUGCAUGAACACGUAUGAGUGUCGCAUUCAACAAGGCAAGUCACACGGCCCUUGUGCACUUGGCUUUGGUGUUUGCUGCAUUUUCACGACUGGUUGCGGUGGAGAGGUGCUGAAUAAUUUGACCUACGUUAUCAGUCCAGGAUUCCCGAAUCUCAUCGAUCAGCCUAUGAAUUGUACAGUGACCAUCAAGAAAAUAGAGCAGCAAAUCAGCCAGCUGAGAAUUGACUUUCUUCAUUUUAACAUCGGGCAACCUAAUAGAAGAAAUGGUAUUUGUGACGAGGACGUGAUGGAGAUAAAAAGUGGAAAUAAGAGUUUAAAAUUGUGUGGAUGGAACAGUGGUCAGCAUAUUUACACUGACAUAAGCGAUGGGACAAUGUCCAUUGACUUCCGGCUGCCGCGUGGACUUCAAGCACGGAUGUGGGAGAUGCGAAUUGUUCAACUUCCGUUUGCACAACGUGCCCCAGCUGGAUGCCUUCAAUAUUUUGAGAAUAUAAAUGGAAUACUGAAGACCCUCAAUUAUCUGCCAAAUGGAAGAUUUCUUGCCUCUCAAGAUUAUUUGAUUUGCAUUAAGCAGAAAAUUGGUAUGUGCAGCAUUUCCUACGCACCAUGUACAUCCGAUUCAUUUCGAAUUGGACCCCCGAGGUUUAGGCGGAACGAAACAUCCGGAAACAUGGAUGUCGAGGGCUCUGGCACUGGACCAGAAACCACAAUUCAACGUUGCAGUAAUAGAAUUCUCAUUCCAUGUGACUUUGAAGAAUUUAUUACGCCUGGAAAUAGUGGAUCGGGAUUCUGUGAUCUUGAACAUUGUGGCACAUCAUUAUGUCGUCCGGGUGAAUUCGAUCAGGAUGGAAAUUGUCGAGUGGAAACUUCUGCUUCACCAUUUCAUAUAAGAGUGGCAUUUGGUCCUGGCGAAAAUUCGGGAACAUCGCUUGAGGACUAUGUGGGAAUGUGCCUGAAUUACGAACAGUUGCCAUGUGUUCCAUGAGAAGAAAAUUGAUUACAAAACUAAAAUCCAACCACGGUUUCGCAAUCAAGAAGAAACUUCUCCAUAAACUUUUCGUCCUUUUUCGCCUAAAAGACAAACUUUGAAAUAAGAAGAAGAAAAACUUUCAUCGUCUCCUUUUUUUCAGUAUAUUUCAGUCACCAAUUUCUGUCUAAUUUCAUCAAAAAAAAAAGAGAGGAAAAAAAAGUUUCAAGGUGUUCUCUUUUAGAAAAGUCAAAUAUGUUUUUCUUCAUAAAAUCCUCUCUCUGAAGAAGAACCUUAAUGUAAAAUCAAUUUAUCAGAACUUUUUCAAAUUUUUUGAUUUCAAUCUUGUGUUUUUUUUCGGAAAAUCAGAAAAUUUUUUAUUCGAUAUAAGUUUGUAAAUAAAU